CACUCUCGGCCCAGCCGAGCCGGCGCUUGUGUGGCCGGAGGCUGAUUAGAGGGACCCUAGCGAGCCGCGGCGCCCGCCGAACCGGGGACCUGCGCGGCUCGGGAACGCGCCCUGCCUGCCGCUAUUGUCUCGGAGCCGCACAGGCUCGCGCCGCCCGGACGGCGAUUCCCCUCCUCUUCCUCCGGGAGGGAAGGAUCCAAGAGCGCCAAGCCGGGCUGGCUGGAGGAGGUGGCCGCGAAGGCGGAGGGAGGAGCGUUACUCCCCGGCCCCGACUGCUUCUCCUCCGGCGUAGGUUGCCGCUGAAUUCAGAGCGGCAGCGGGACGCGGGUUCCUGGCCAUGGAGAGGAGAUCUGCACGCGGGGACUCCAGGAGCUCUGCUCCCGCUCCUGCUCCUCUGGCCAUCGCGUAGACACCUGAGUAGACCGACGCCAGGAGGGGGAGGGGAAGAACGGAAAGUUAAGGUUAGACGAGAACUCUGAGCCGUCACCUGUUCUCUGUCAGCCUGUGGAUGAGAGUAAGCUGAGGCGUGUGACAGGGUAUCAUGUAUGCCGCUGGUUCCAGGGGCCACUCCCCUGCUUUCCUGCAACCUCAAAACGGAAACGGCCACCGCUCACCUGGUUAUGUUCCCGGGAAGGUGGUUCCCUUACGUCCCGCGCCUCCUCCAAAGAACCACGCCUCCGCCAAACUGACCUCCAGGAGCCAAGACGCCCCAGCGACCUUUGCUUUCUCCCCCGAGGAGCAGCGGACUCCGAGCGAGAGCCGAAAGCGGAAGAGGCACAAGAACACCUUCAUCUGCUUCGCCAUAACCAGCUUCUCGUUCUUUGUGGCGCUUGCGGUCAUUUUGGGAAUAUCCUCAAAAUACGCUCCAGAUGAGAAUUGUCCAGAUCAAAACCCUCGUCUCAGGAACUGGGAUCCAGGACAAGAUUCUGCGAAGCACAUUGUUAUCAAGGAGGGGGAUUUGUUCCGCCUGACCUCAGAUGCAACAGUGGACUCUAUAGUCAUUCAGGAUGGAGGACUGCUUGUGUUUGGGGAUGAUAAAGAUGGAUCCAAGAAUAUAACUUUGAGGACUCGAUACAUCCUGAUCCAGGAUGGUGGGGCGCUUCAUAUUGGAGCAGAAAAAUGCCGCUAUAGAUCCAAAGCGACAAUUACCUUGUAUGGCAAGUCAGAUGAACGUGAAAGUAUGCCAAUAUUUGGCAAGAAGUUUAUUGGCGUGGAGGCUGGCGGGACACUGGAGUUACACGGGGCACAGAGGACAUCAUGGACGAUGCUGGCGAGGACUCUGCAUUCUUCAGGCUUGCCCUUUGGGUCUUAUGCCUUCGAGAAGGACUUUUCCCGGGGCCUUAAUGUGAGGGUCAUUGAUCAAGACACAGCCAGAGUUUUAGAAAACGAGAAGUUCGAUACCCACGAGUACCACAAUGAGAGCAGGAGGCUGCAGGAGUUUUUGAGAGCUCAGGAGCCCGGCCGGAUUGUGGCUAUUGCUGUUGGAGACUCAGCAGUCAAGAGCCUGUUACAGGGAACAAUCCAGAUGAUCCAGGAUCGGUUGGGGAGUAAACUGAUCCAAGGUCUGGGCUACAGGCAAGCUUGGGCCUUAGUUGGUGUCAUCGAUGGUGGAAGUUCUUCCUGCAAUGAAUCUGUGAGAAACUAUGAAAACCAUAGCACUGGGGGGAAGGCCCUGGCUCAAGGAGAAUUCUACACCCUGGACGGUCAGAAGUUCUCUGUGACAGCCUACAGUGAAUGGAGUCAAGGAAUCUCCCUCUCAGGCUUCCGGGUGGACAUUGCGGAUGGAGUGAAGCUUCACCUGUUGGACGACGUCAGCACUUGGGAAGCUGGAGACCGAAUUGUGGUGGCCAGCACCGACUAUUCCAUGUACCAAGCAGAGGAGCUAACUCUUCUCCGCUGCCCCGAGUGCAGCCGUUCUCAGGUCAAAGUCAAAGAGAUCCCCCAGUACCUGCACGUCGGUGAGAUCAUAGACGGGAUAGACAUGAGAGCUGAGGUUGGACUUCUCACCCGCAACAUUGUGAUCCAAGGAGAGAUGGAGGAUUCAUGCUAUGCAGAAAAUCACUGCCAGUUCUUCGAUUAUGACACCUUUGGGGGACACGUCAUGAUAGAGAAGAAUUUUACUUCAGUCCAUCUUUCUUAUGUGGAAUUGAAACACAUGGGCCAGCAGCAUAUGGGCCGGUAUCCUGUGCAUUUUCACCUGUGUGGAGAUGUAGAUUCUAAAGGAGGGUACAGCCAGCCAGCGUCUGUGGAUGGCCUGUCUGUUCAUCACAGCUUUUCAAGGUGCAUCACCGUGCACGGGACCAGUGGCUUGCUAAUCAAAGACACCAUUGGCUUCGACACACUAGGUCAUUGCUUCUUUUUGGAAGAUGGUGUUGAACAGCGAAAUAUUUUGUAUCAUAACUUGGGGCUUCUUACCAAGCCGGGCACUCUCCUCCCAACGGACAGGAACAGCUCCAUGUGCACCGUCAUGCGUGAUGGAGUGUUUGGAAACUACGUCCCUGUGCCUACCACAGACUGCAUGGCUGUUUCAACUUUCUGGAUUGCCCACCCCAACAACCACCUGAUCAAUAACGCAGCUGCAGGCUCACAGGAUGCUGGAAUAUGGUAUUUAUUCCACAAGGAACCAACUGGGGAGUCCAGUGGGCUGCAGCUCCUGGAGAAGCCAGAACUCACUCCGCUGGGGAUAUUUUAUAACAACAGGGUUCAUUCAAAUUUUAAGGCUGGUUUAUUUGUGGACAAAGGUGUCAAAACGACCAACGCCAGUGCAUCUGACCCAAGGGAGUACCUCUGCCUGGAUAACAGUGCAAGGUUUCGGCCCCAUCAGGAUGCAGACCCUGAGAAGCCACGCGUUGCAGCCAUCAUCGACAGGCUCAUUGCUUUUAAGAACAAUGACAACGGAGCCUGGGUCAGAGGAGGAGAUAUUAUUGUUCAGAAUUCAGCAUUUGCAGAUAACGGAAAGGGGCUGACCUUUGCCAGUGAUGGGAGCUUCCCAAGCGAUGAAGGGUCCAGUCAGGAGGUGACAGAGUCCCUCUUUGUCGGGGAGAGUAGGAAUUACGGCUUUCAAGGUGGCCAAAACAAGUACAUGGGCACAGGGGGAAUCGAUCAGAAGCCUCGGACGCUACCCAGGAACAGGACAUUCCCAAUCCGAGGCUUUCAGAUUUACGAUGGGCCUAUUCAUCUCACAAAGAGUACUUUCAAAAAGUAUGUGCCAACUCCAGACAGGUACAGCAGUGCAAUUGGCUUCCUCAUGAAGAAUUCCUGGCAGACAACACCCAGGAAUAACGUUUCCCUUGUGAAGUUUGGUCCACAGGUCUCUCUGAACGUCUUCUUUGGAAAGCCUGGCCCCUGGUUUGAGGAUUGUGAGCUGGACGGCGAUAAGAACUCCAUCUUCCAUGACAUUGAUGGCUCUGUGACAGGAUACAAGGACACCUAUGUGGGAAGGAUGGACAACUACCUGAUCCGCCAUCCAAACUGUGUCAAUGUUACUAAGUGGAAUGCAGUGAUCUGUAGCGGGACCUACGCCCAGGUGUAUGUUCAGACCUGGAACACUCCGAAUCUUAGCAUGAUCAUCACACGGGAUGAAUACCCAUCCCACCCAAUGGUGCUUCGGGGUAUCAACCAGAGGGCCAUCUCUCCACAGUACCAGCCUGUUGUCAUGCUGGAGAAGGGCUACACCAUCCACUGGAAUGGUCCAGCGCCACGAACCACUUUCUUGUACCUCGUGAACUUCAACAAGGAUGACUGGAUCCGGGUUGGCCUCUGUUACCCAGCCAACACGAGCUUUCAGGUUACCGUUGGCUUUCUGCAGCGGCAGAACGGCUCAUUAUCUAGAAUUGAGGACUAUGAGCCUGCGCGGUCGAUGGAGGAACUGCAGAAGAAGCCGUCUGAGAGAAAAUUCUAUUUUGACUCUGGCACAGGGUUAUUGUUUCUGUAUCUCAGAGCCCACAGCCACAGAGAUGGCCACAGUUACUGUUCAUCUCAGGGAUGUGAAAGAGUCAAGAUUCAGGCAGCAACAGACUCCAAAGAUAUCAGUAACUGCAUGGCCAAAGCGUACCCGCAGUAUUACAAGAAGCCCUCGGCGGUCAAGCGCAUGCCGGCCAUGCUCACGGGGCUCUGUCAAGGCUGUGGAACCCACCAGAUGGUGUUUACCAGUGACCCUCACAAAAGCUACCUCCCUGUACGAUUCCAGUCACCUGGGAAAGCAGAAAUUCAGCGAGGAGAUCCAUCCAUUAUUUCCGUCAAUGGUACUGACUUUACCUUCCGGAGUGCGGGUGCCCUCCUCCUCAUUGUGGAUGCCUGCAGUGUGCCCUUCCGGGUGAAGGAAAAGCGGAUGUUCCUUUCUGCAGACGUCAGUCACAUGGAAGAAUAUUUCAAGGCUAGCAUCCCCCCAAGGUCAAUCGUUCUGUUGAGCACAAGAGGAGAAAUUAAGCAGCUGAAUAUCUCGGAUUCAUUAGCAGUUCUGGGACUGGCCAAGCCAGCACAUCUGUACAGCAAAGGUAGUGUCGUAUUUUUGGGAUUCAGCGGAAACUUCGCACCGUCAUGGACGAAGCUGUUCACCAGUCCCGAUGAGCAGGGCCUCGGAGUGCUUGAGCAGUUUCUCCCGUUGCAGAUGGAGGAAUAUGGGUGCUCCCGGACCGGCAGUGUCCACAGAAGAGACCUUGACCUGUUACAGCAGGCUUUGAAAGUGCUUUAGAGACUUGGUUGUAAUUUAAGUGCUGGGAAAGAAAAAAAAAAUGUGAACUAACUUAUUUAAUUUAUGGCAUUUUAAGACAACACUGUUAACCCGAUGGAACCAUUUUCCUGUUUGAUAGAAAAGGGAGAGAAGGAAUCCAAGCAGUUACCUGAGUGUCAGCUUGCAGGCCUUGGCACUGUGCAGGUGGUAGAGCCCUUUUGUCUUCCUGAGGCUGCUGCGUUCAGAGAGCAGUUGGUCUCGUGGCCCUUGCUUUGACAAGCACAUCGGGGGUGCUUUGCUUUUUGUAUAGUGGGGUGCAGGGAGUCCAAGGGCUCCUUGAACUUGCUCCUUCGAGGACUGGCUGCUCUAGCAUUUCAGAUACUUGAAGUCCAAUGCUCAGUCCUGCGCUAACUCCAGUCGCUGCCCUGUUCAGUGAUGUCUGGGGCUCAUUUCUGUACAGCCCACGAGGGUUUUAUGUGAUGCUAGAUAUGGUUUUAAGUGGCAACUCAGGCCCAGCACAUGUCCUUUUUGCCUGGUCAUGUGCUCUUUUUAUUCACUUGUAUACUGAUUACUUUUGAGGGUUCACCUUUCAAAGAGGGAACCUUAUUGGGACAAAAGGGCUUUUGAAAUUUUUUAGAUCUGUAACCAUUGAGGAAAAAAAAAGAAAGAAAGAAACAACAACAUAAACCUAUUACUUGCAUCCAGGUGGAACUUUUUCUGCAGCUUUAAUCCUUAACCUGUCUUGACCUUUAAAACGCAGAGCGGAACUGAAUUAAUUUUCUUUAAAAGCAGCAAGCCACUUCCUAAACUGUAAAACUCUUGUCAUUUGAACUUGCAAAAGAAAGCCAGGUGUGGUGGUGCACGCCUUUGAUCACAGCACUCCAGGAGCAGGUGGAUCUCUGAGAGUUUGAGGCUAGCCUGGUCUACGUAGUGAUCCAGGACAGCCAGGGCUACGUAGAGAAACCCUGUCUCAAAAGAAACAAAACAAAACAAAACAAAACAAAAUCACUCUGUCAACAAAAGCUAACUUGCAAAAGGGAAACCUGUCCUUGGUUUUGGUCUUGUACCUGUGCUUUGUUGUCUUGUUGUGUGGAUUUUUUUUUUUUCCAAGCGGCUCUGCUCAUUGUCCUACCAGAAAAUCCCAGAGAGUUUCCCGCUUGCUCCUCCAUAAAUAUUGUAUUCAAGGAAAGAAAGGAGAUGCCUUCUUAGGGUGGAAUCAUGGAGGCAAUGGACAUGAUCUUCUUUGUAGCCUUUAAAAGAGGGAGUCUCUUAGUGAAUGUAGCUUUCAAAGACAAGAAGAAAGGACUCUGGGUCUCCCAGUGCUGCUUCUACUGGCCCUUUCUUCAGCCAGUGGGGACACAUGUGGCAAAGGAUGCUGGCUCUGCAGCCAAGAGGGAAGAUGGCAUCAGAAUGCUGCUGUGCUGCCCAAAGGCGGGUGGCUGAAUAGCCAGGCUGACGGUAGCAAUUGAGUGCAGAAAAGUUCAUCUUCCUCCGUGGAGGGCCGAGGCUGAUGCCUGUAUGUUGUGUCCAGGAGACAUUCUAGGACAGCUCUGUGACUUGUGUAACUUUACAGAACAUGCUACCUCAAAGUGCUGUGACAAACCAUUUGGACUGUAGUGCUCACAGGAUGGGCACGUGUCUUAAUCAAAGUUUGGUUACUUGUUUAUCCGGGUUUUUUGGAUGUGGGGUUUUUUGUUUGUAUUUUUUUUUCUUUUUCUUUCAUUCUUUUUUUUUUUCUUUUUUUUUUGUACAGUGAGAUCUUACCUAUUAAAUAUAUUUAGUGGGUCAUGGUUCCUGAAGGUGAGUGAAUUGAUUGUGUGUGCAGAUGUGUGUGUGUUAUGACUUAAAUAUAUUUGUUUUGUGCUGUUUUAGAGUUCCUUUUUUAUAUAUAUUUGGAGAAAGUAUGCAAGUUUCAAGGCACUCAGUGUUUCUGAUUUUUAUGUACUAAUAAUUAGGGCCUAAGUUAAAUAAAUAAAAACGUGUGUGCAUGUAUUUUAUGUAUGUGUAUUUGUGAAUCUCUGUAAUUGCUG